AUGGUGAGGUGGUGGAUAUCGUCCCUCCAAAUUGCAGAGCUUUUCGUUAGCUCCAUAGUGCAUUUGAGCUACGGGUUUUACAUUUUCAGCACGGCUUUAGCCAGAGAUCUCUUGCAGGCGCUGGCCGAUUGGACUUUUGGAUUUGGUAAAGGGAGAUUAGGAAGUCUAUCUUAUUUUGGAGGAGCAGAGAAGAAGGAUGUUAGGGUUCUUGUGUUGAUUACUUUUGCUCUUUCUCUCUGGUAUUAUCCCGAAUGGGAUGAAGAUCACCCGAUUCAUUUUGUGGGUCAUUCGGCCGGUGCACAAGUGGUUCGGGUCUUGCAGCAAAUGCUUGCUGGUAAGGCUUUCGAUGGAUACGAAAACACCUCGCCUAACUGGGUCUUGAGCUUAACCUCAUUAUCCGGUGCAUUCAACGACACCACAAGAACCUAUUUGGAUGGCAUGCAGCCCGAAAACGGAAAAUCAAUAAAGCCCGUGAGUCUUCUCCAAUUGUGCCGCAUUGGAGUUAUCCUUUACGAUUGGUUCGACAUUCAGUGGCUGAAAAAUUACUACAAUUUCGGGUUCGACCAUUUCAACUUGUCACGAAGGAAAACCGGCAUUUGGGGCCUCGUGAAUUGCCUUUUAGGCAAAACCGGCCCAUUUGCAUCUGGCGAUUGGAUCCUUCCAGACCUUACGAUCCAAGGGUCCAUUCGGCUAAACGCUCACAUACAGACAUUUUCAGAUACUUACUAUUUUAGCUAUGCCACUAAACGAACGAGGAAAGUUAUGGGUGUUACGAUUCCCUCAGGCUUGCUCGGCAUACGCUUUUUGUUGUUUGUUCGGGUUUUGCAGAUGAGCCAGUGGAGGUACCCUCCAGAUGUUGACCCUCCGUAUAAAGGUUACCGGGAUGAAGAUUGGUGGGAUAAUGAUGGAGCACUCAAUACAAUAUCGAUGACACACCCUCGUUUUCCAGUCGAGCACCCGAGCCAUUUUGUCAUCAAGGAUUCGGAAUGCCAACCUUUAAAGCCUGGCAUAUGGUAUUACAAGAUUGUUGAGGGAGACCAUAUUCUGUUCAUCAUCAACCGGGAAAGAGCCUGCGUUCAGUUUGAUCUGAUUUACGAUAGUAUUUUUGAGAGAUGCAGAAAGCACGCUUUUGGAAAGAAGCCUACAUUGCCAAAUCAAGUGCAUCAAUAG